AUGGGACUCUUCCAUCUUUCCAUUGGGAACUUAUCUUCCAAACUAGAAAAAUUCUCUGCAUUCGAGGCCGGAUUGAAGGGAGGAAUUCCUGCUGAGAUAGGCAACUUAACCGAGUUGAUUCAACUUCGUUUGGAUGGAAAUCAAAUGUCGGGUAAUAUCCCUCUCAGUCUGAAGCAUUUGAGCAAGCUCCAAGGCUUGUAUUUGCAUAACAACAACUUCAAAGGCUCUAUUCCAGAUGAUAUUUGUGAUAUACGCAGCUUGUCAGACUUGGGUUUGAGUGGAAAUCAGUUGUCUGGUGCAAUUCCAAAGUGUUUAGGAAAUCUCACAUCCCUACGCCAACUUUUUCUAGAUUCUAACAAGCUGGUCUCAACCAUACCAUCUGGCUUGUGGGGCCUCAAAGAUUUGCUGGCGCUGGACUUAUCCUUAAACUCGUUGUCUGGAUUCUUACCUCGGGAGGUUGGUGAUCUGGUAGCGGCGGUUUACAUAAAUCUAUCGGUGAAUCAGUUGUCGGAGUCUAUUCCAAGCACGGUUGGUAGUUUGCAAAAUUUGAUCAAUCUUUCUUUGUCACAUAACAGCUUUGAAGGCUUGAUCCCAGUGACAAUUGGUAGCAUGGUUGGUUUGGAAAAUCUUGACUUAUCCUACAAUAACAUCUCUGGUUCAGUGCCAAAAUCUCUUCAGAAUCUUCAACAUCUCAACAGCUUUGAUGUCUCUUUCAAUGCUUUAAGUGGAGAAAUUCCGAGCGAUGGUCCGUUUAUGAAUUUCACAAUGGACUCAUUUAAAGGUAACCAAGCACUAUGUGGAAAUCCAAGGUUCGGUGUCCCACCUUGUCGCGUUGUUGUCUCCAGUCGUAGAUCUAAGACGACGGAGGUGAAAUUUGCUUUCUUCGUUCUGGGUGGAGUUUUGGCUUUUGCAACGAUUCUGUGUGCAGGCUUUGUUUUCCUCAGACACAAAAGGAGAAGGAAAGAUGAAGCUAUUACAGAAGAAAAUGGUGGAGUUUUGAAUAUUAUAAUUCAAGGAAUAUCAUAUUUUGAACUCUCAAGAGCUACUCAACAUUUCAAUGAGAGCAACUUACUAGGCAUGGGAGGUUUUGGUUCUGUUUAUAGAGGAAUUCUUGGAGAUGGGAAAGCCAUUGCUGUGAAGGUGUUCAAACAACAAUCUGAAGCGGCGUUUAAGAGCUUCGACGUUGAAUGUGAAGUUCUGCGCAAUAUUAGUCACAGAAAUGUGACGAAAGUCAUAAGCAGCUGCUCGAACGGAGAAUUCAAGGCUUUAGUACUUGAAUACAUGCCAAGAGGAAACCUUGAGAAGUGGUUGUAUUCACACAACUAUUUCUUGGAUUUCACACAGAGGUUGAAUAUAAUGAUAGAUGUGGCGUCGGCAUUGGAAUAUCUUCAUCAUGGCUAUUCUACUCCGAUUGUUCAUUGUGACUUGAAACCGAGUAAUGUCUUGUUAGACGAAGAGAUGGUUGCUCAUGUGAGCGAUUUUGGUUUAUCGAAACUAUUAUUGGGCAAGGAGGAGAGCCUUGUGAUUACACAAACUCUAGCAACACUAGGCUACAUUGCUCCAGGGAUCGUCUCGACGAGAUGUGAUAUCUACAGCUACGGUGUAAUGUUGAUGGAAACCUUUACGAGAAAAAAACCAAGCGACGAUAUGUUUGGUGGAGAUGUAAGGUUGAAGGCGUGGAUUGAAAGGUCAGUUCCAGAAUCAACAUAUAGUGUGAUAGAUGCCAACUUAGUAAUGGAUCUUGACAAGGAAGAGGGAGACAAAAUUCUUAAAUCAACAUCUUCCAUAUUUGAGUUGGCUUUCAAGUGCUCUGCAGAAUCUCCUUAUGAUAGGAUUACCAUGAAAGAAGCUCUAGCCGAGCUGCACAAAAUCAAAGGUCGCGCGUACUAG